CCUGGUUCUCAUCCAGGCGUUUUUAACAAGAUCGAGGUGUUCUGGGAGUCCUCCCCCCGGCACACCCCUAAGAGCGACAUUAAAACAGCCGGAGGUGACGGACCCCCAGCAGUCCCGUUAUAAAUCGUCCAACCGCGGACACUUUCGGAACGCUGUAUAUUUAUUUUUAGUGGAGCAAACGACUGAAACCUACGCCUGAUCGUCCUUCUGAAGUUUAAGUCAAACAGUGAUCAUGGCCAUUUAUCAUAAAUCAGCUGUACUUUUUAGCAGGAGGUUGCUGAGACAAUCAGAAAAUGCCUUUUUUUUGCUCGCAGCUGCACAUGACCACAGACUUUUUUCGAGCCGGUCAGUGCCUGAGCUGCAGGAAAAUGUUCUGGCUGGGAACUUGGCAGCCAAGCCGGCGCCGGCGAAGGAGGAUAAAGACAGUCGGGUAAAAAGCAUCAAAGAGAUGCCGGGACCUAGCACCAUGAGUAACCUGAUAGAGUUCUUUUACCGGGACGGAUUCAGCCGGAUCCACGAAAUACAGUUGGAACACAGGAAAAAGUACGGAAAGAUCUUCAAGUCGAGGUUCGGCCCGCAGCUGGUGGUGUCCAUCGCGGACCGGGACAUGGUGGCCCAGGUACUGAGGUCGGAAGGCAUAGCCCCUCAGCGGGCCAACAUGGAGUCGUGGCAGGAGUACCGUGACAUGAGGGGCCGCUCCACGGGUCUCAUCUCUGCGGAGGGUGAGGAAUGGCUCAAGAUGCGCAGCGUCCUCAGGCAGCUGAUCAUGCGACCACGCGACGUGGCAGUCUUCUCCGGCGAUGUGAACGAAGUGGUCGACGACCUGAUCGACAGGAUCUGGACACUGCGUGGCAAACAGGCCGAUGGGCAGACGGUGGUCAACGUCAAUGACCUCUUCUUUAAGUAUGCCAUGGAAGGUGUAUCUACCAUCCUGUAUGAGUGUCGGCUGGGCUGCCUGCAGGACGAGAUUCCCACGCAGAGCCUGGAGUACAUCGCUGCCCUGCACCUCAUGUUCAGCUCCUUCAAGACCACCAUGUAUGCCGGAGCCAUUCCCAAGUGGCUGCGGCCCAUCUUCCCCAAGCCCUGGGAGGAGUUCUGCAGCUCCUGGGAUGGCCUAUUCAAAUUCAGUAAGAUCCAUAUUGACAAGAAGCUUUCAGAGAUUCAGAAGAAACUGGCUGAUGGCGAGGAAGUGAAAGGAGGGCUGCUCACUCACUUGUUGGUGACCCAGGAGAUGUCGCUGGAGGAGAUCUACGCUAACAUGACAGAGAUGCUGCUGGCUGGAGUAGACACAACGUCCUUCACGCUGUCUUGGGUUACGUACCUGCUGGCAUUACAUCCAGAGGUUCAGCAGCAGGUGUACGAGGAGGUGGUGGGGAAGCUGGGUCAUGACCAGGUGGCCGUCAGAGAGGAUGUCAAACACCUACCGCUUAUCCGAGGACUGGUGAAAGAGACUCUCAGGCUGUUCCCAGUGCUUCCUGGAAAUGGUCGGAUCACGCAUGAAGACCUUAUUGUGGGGGGGUACUUGAUCCCAAAAGGGACUCAGUUGGCCAUGUGCCAUUAUUCUACCUCCAUGGAUGAAGACUACUUCCUGGAAGCUGGCCAAUUCAAGCCAGAUCGGUGGAUACGAAAGGACACAGCUGACCGAGUAGAGAACUUUGGCUCGAUCCCCUUUGGCCACGGGAUCCGCAGCUGUGUGGGCAGGAGGAUCGCCGAGCUCGAGAUGUAUCUGGCCGUCACCCGGCUCCUGCAGAAGUUCCGUAUCGAGGUGUCCCCCCUGACUAACGAGGUCCACGCCAAAACCCAUGGAUUGCUCACUCCAGCAGCUCCUAUCAAUGUAAAGUUCGUGGAUCGGCAAUAGGCCCCGAGUCUGUGCAUGGAGAGCUGGAUAACCGCUCUGCUAACUUUGCCUUCACCAAUGUGCAUUAGUCACUGCGAUUAAUCUACAGGUAUCUAUACCCUUCUGAACUUAAUGCGAAUCACCAUUGAAAAGUUUUUGAAGAUACCCUCUUCAAUAAAGCAUCCAGCCUUUUAAUAAGCUGGUCUAUUGACUGUUUCACUUAUAUAGUUAAAUUUACUACUGUCCUAUUCAUUUUAAGGGGCGUGGGUGGAUUACCAAAUCGUUACAUGAAACGUACUUCUUAAGAACUUUUCGUUUUUCGACAGCAGUGAUUAGAGGCUCACAGGGUUUUCAUGCCAUUGGUGCAAAUGCAGAGUUUGGUUUGAAGGACCAAAGUUGACAGCAACUGCACUACAGGACAGGGUUGAUGGACAGUUCCUGAUUGUGCUGGUGCCCAGACGCCUAUAUUGGUCUUAAUUCGGCCCUGUAUUCUAUAAGUGUGAGGAAAUGAAACAAAAUAAUUUUUUAGUUAUUUUGGGUAGAUUUUUUUUUUUUUUAAUGAAUGAUAGAUUUAUUAAUGAUAGAUCAUACAUUAUUUAUGAUCAUACAUUUAUAGAAUGUUUUAUACAAAUUAAAAAAUAUUUGUACAAAUGAAUGUCACUCUCCAAUGCAUACAGUUAUACUGUAGGACUAGACUGCUCUUCCCAGACUGAGCUUCAUGUAGCCAGGCACAGUAAACAUUUUGACAAAAGGGAGGAUAGUUCUGAUCAGACACGCCAAUGUGGUGGUUUGCAUUGAAAAAUGUUAAAUAAAGACUUUUCAUGAAAUCUUAAAA